AAGCAUCGUUUUCGAAGUUAGUGGUGGCUCGAUUCCAGUACCUACCCAGAAACCCCUAACAGUCUGUGGAAAGUGUGCGUUUUUCUUCGGAAAUCUCUUGAACGUCGCUUUGAGAAUUUCGCUGCAAUAACGACGGUGACGAUCAAAGCAGCACUUGGGAUAUUUGUAAACUUUGUUGCGGUGGUGAUUUUCGUGUGUGUGCAUGUGAAGCCGCGGUUUGCAUUCGCGCAGAUCAUAAGGCAGGCGCCGGCCGUCGAACCAUUUGAGUCGAAUUGUAUGUAAUUGCGAAGGAAGGGGCGAUUGAUUCAAAAUAAAUAAUAUUCUCCUUUCGGGAUGAAACAACAACAACGUUGCGUCGGUAAACGCUUGGGCAAAGUGCGAUCGUGCUCCGAUGCGUUACGUUCGAAGGAAGUUUGAAGCAAUAUUUUGCUUAUUAAUGUAAUCCCAAAAAGUAAUUAUACAAAAAAAAAGCCGGCUAAAAUCGCGGUUUGUAUUCCAUUCAGUGGGAUUAACGGCGACAGUGAAAUUCUAAUGCAGCAGAAAGCAACGAAAUCGAUUUCCCUUUCAAUAUUAUGAUGUGAAAAAACGUACAAAUUAAAACAUUUAUUUUCAUCGACCUCACCAGAGAAAAGAAGGUGUGGGAAAAUCCCCCGGAGUUUAAAUCGAACAGCCGGCGGUAUAUAUUAUGAUAGGUGAUAAUUUGCUAUUUAUUGGAAAACAUAAAUAAAUCAAAUUGAAAGUUUCAAACGAAGAUCGACUCUGGGAAUAUACCAAGUGACGAAACGACUACGAAUGAAAAAAUAGGCUAAUGUAAAUUGAAACAUGAUUGAUUAGCGACGGUAAAAGUAAAAAUCAAUAAGAAGGAGUGUUAUACGCUGAAAUAGUGAUCGGAAAAUAUAUUUUUAAACAGUGUUUCUAAGACUUAUAUUACAGUAAGCAGAUUUCUUCCAAACAACUACUUAAUCAGAUAAACGACAAGAUGAAUCUGACAAUGAAGCUGCUGAUACUGUUUGCAUUCCUGCUGAUUUACUCAUCCGGCCAUCGGAUACAGCUGUCCGAUUCGAUUCUGGACAUCAUCAACACCCGGCACGUGGAGCGGAUCAUGGCGGAGCGGCGGAUGAACUCCUCGCGGGACGACAAACGCUACACGAUGGUGCAGAACGAGCUGAUGGACGAAGACGCAACGGAGGACAGCACCGGUGAUCUCGGGUACCAAACGCCCGAGGUGGCUAUUGAUUUUGACUUUAACGGGCGGCGUCAGCCGGGUGGUUCAGUAACAUCAUUCAACGAAAGCGGCUUUCAGUACCAACCAACGGGAUCCGCCCCCAAUGCGGAUAUUUUGGCCGAUCUGCAGGCGUACCGAGGGGACAAGUUGCUCAAAUCGAGCAAGAAUGCACUGGUGGUGACGCGAAAGGAGUACCUGAAGAAGGAUUGGUGCAAGACGGAACCGUUGGUGCAACGAAUCCGGGAAGAGGGAUGCCUCAGCCGGACGAUCAUCAAUCGCUUUUGCUACGGGCAGUGCAAUUCGUUCUACAUUCCAAAGUCACCGAAGCGUAGGCGUCACCACGGUGGCGCAGCAGGACGGAACGGGCACGGCGGUCAUCACGGGGGUGGCCGGCGUGAGGUCGAUCUGGACUUUGAAGACGAGGACCUAACCGGGCCGGCGUUUCGCUCGUGCGCCUUCUGCAAGCCCAAAAAGUUCACCUGGAUCACGGUGACGUUGCGGUGUCCCUCGUUGGUGCCCCAGCUGCGGCGGAAGCGCAUCCAACGCAUCAAACAGUGCAAAUGUAUUGCCGAGCCGUUGAACUAGAGAGAGCGAGAGAGAUCGAGAGAGAGAGAGAGAGAGCUGUUAUUAUUCUUAUUACUUUAAUAUUAUUGGUUCUGUUGUCGACGAGGAUGGGACGUGAAAGUGUGGGUAAUAUGUAAAUGUAUUUUUUAUUUUAUUUUUCUGUGUUUGUACGAGUGGGUGGGUGAAUGAUUGAGCGCUCUUUCCGUUUGUGCUUGGCUAGUAAGUGAGCGCACGCGAAACCAGAAAUGAGAGUAGGCUUUAUUUUGUUUUAAGUUUUUCUUUUUUAAUUAUAUUUAAUAAGUCUGUUUUGUUUUAAGUCUUCUGUAGGUACGUUGUGUGUGUGUGUAAUUGUAUCUCUACGUGAUUCCUGUUUUGGCACUGAAUUUGGAAUCGACCGUCACCGUUGAGGAAAUCUGAGUUCCGCAAAGUGUGACAGUCGCGCAUGGUAGAUAAAUGUGAUUAAUUGCUUGAAACGGAGCUUCAGUUGUUAGAUUUUUCUGCAAUAGAAGUCACACAUUCAAAUUGAAAUAAUGGUUAUGAUUUUCAAUUUUAGCGCCCGUUGCCGUGCCGGAAUCUGACUCUGGCUGCUUUUAUCCCACGUGGCGUCAGCUGAAGUGAGAAUUGAUGUUAAUUUAUGCUUGCACAGUAUUGACUGUGAGCGGUGUUUACUAGUUUUUUUUUGCGAUUCUUAACAGCUACCAGCAAUAGUCGUUCGGACAUGGCUUCUUCCAAAUCGGUAACUCAUUGUGUACGUAAACGGAUUGUGUGCAGAUUUUUGAAAUCAGUUAGCAUUUAGGGAUCAUUCAAUAAUUACGCACGCCAGUACGGGACCAAGGAUUUCUGUCUGAAGGGUUAGGGGGUUUAUAAAAAUGAAGUAAUUUAAUAAAAAGCUAUUUUUUAUUGAAUUAUCAGUGACAUACUUGUAAUCAAUUUCCACUAAUUUCAUCAAAUUCGAUGAAUGUUAUUUCGAUUGCGAGAUGUAACCCAUGAUGAAAUAUUAAGAUCUUAUAUUUUUCAGAGGUUUUUCCUUCUUUUAUACAUGAGCAGUGCUUUAAUCUAUGUAGGGUGUCCCGGAAAGUAUAAGUACGUAUUAUUAUUGGAAUAAAACAACGAUAUGUUAAUGAAUGUUGUAUUACAUAUGUAUGUUCCCUAUAGUAUUUUCUUUCAAUUCGAUGAAAAUGAUCCGCAGUUUCUUUAAUCGUAUGCCAAAGAGCGAUAUUUUGAUCUGACCCUGCCCAUGAGCUUCAGCCUUGAGAUUUCUUGGCGAUAACUUUCGCUACAGUCAGCGGCGCCGGUUGUGUAGUGGUAAGCGUGAUUGCCUAUCACCCCAAAAGGCCUGGGUUCAAUCCCAGUCAGCGCCGCCGAGAUUUUCUAAGGCAUGAAAUCUCUGAUCACGCCUUCAUUCGGAAGGGAAGUGAAACCGUUGGUCCCCGGUCCAUGAGCUGAUGGGUCGAUAGGUAGGGUCCAGGUAUGGGAGCUACCUCACUUUUGUCCAGCCUUUUUUUUUUUCAAAUUCUUUGAUUGAAUUCGCUGCUAUAAAGUGUUUCCGUAGAUAUCCCUUGGAAAGGGUCUAAAAAGUUUCUAUUGACCGGGCCUCCGGACAAUUCGGAGGAUUCAUCUCUUUUGGCACGUAAUGCACAUUGUUUGAUUUGUAUCAAGCUACCGUGUCUUUUGAGUAGUGUAUUUUCACCAAAUAAGACCAAAAUAGUACUGAGCUUUCAUUUUGACGGAUCAUGGGCCACAGACGCCGAUUCAAACACUCCCGAACUUAAAUGUCAGUGUUCAUCGUCUCGUUCGGCACAAAUGGCUUUGACAACUUGCCACACUCAAAUACGAACUAAACCUCCGGCGAAGCAGCUGGCGAGUUAGGUCAAAGUCAAACAGUGCGGAGACCCUAUUGAAGAGUGUCUGUAAACCACCGAUUAUGCCGAACAUGCUAUAACUAGUUCG